UUCACUCUGUGCUGUCCACACUCCACCACGGGUUUUCCAAGUGGUUUUGCUUGGCGUGGAGCGCAUCUGUGGCCAGUGUGUUGACGAAUCACCGAUGCCUCCCACUGUACCGCCCACCAGCUGGACGGCAUGGUACAACGUGGACGACCCCACCGACGGAACUGACGAUGAAACUCAUGCAGCGGUCAAUGCGGUGCAUCCCGCCGUGUGCCCCACUCCUACCCAAGCCGACUGCCGGGUUCGAUUCCUAAAUACCGACCACGUGACUGCAGGCCAGACGCUGGUCACCGGCUGUUCUCCUACCGGAGGGUUGCUGUGCCAAGACGCCGACCAAACCGACUCUCGAAGAUGUCUGGAUUACGAGAUAAGAUUCCAGUGCCCGACCCCUGAAGAUGCCCUGCCAGAGCCUCAUUUCCACUGGGACAUGAGCACCAAGACAUCGGUGGACUCUGAUGAGCCCGUGACCUGCGACGGCACCGUGUCGUCCAUCUACCCCACUGCCGGUGGUAUGACAGGCAUCAUCGGUGGCACCCUUCUUGUCACCGACAGUUUCGACUCGUCGGAUCACCUGUGUGCCGUCAGGAACCAGAAGGCAGGUUGGAUUAACUACGGAUCGGGUAACGACAGGUGCAUCUCCGAGCCUGUCUGCUGCACGUCAGGCUUUACCAUGACAUUCUGGAUGAGGAAUAGAACGCCGGCAUUCACUCCCGUGACCAUCAUCAUUGCAACUGGCGGUCACGCUGGAAGGGCAAGGGGAUUGGUCCUAUACUUAGGAGACUUUAUGAGUUUCGAUGUUAGGGGUUUCGUUACUUCACAGGUUUUCAAACUGAACAUAAAGGGCUACUUUCCUGACGAUCAGUGGACUCAUCACUCUUUCACCUACGAGCCAGGAGUCGGAACAAAUUAUUACAAGGACGGGGUUUUCGUUGUUUCCACCGACACAGCCGUCAACGAGGGCACUUCUGCUUUGCAUUUCGACGAUGUCGUCAUGUUUUCGAGAAACAACGAUCCAAGUGGGUGGCCACUCGAGCUGAUUGACGGAGACUUCAGCAAUUUCAAAAUGUUUUACAAGACUUUCAACGAAACAGAAGUCCAAAACGCAUAUCUUCAAGAAACAUCGGAAUCCAAGCUUCUCAUCCACUACCUGAGGAAGCACAGUCACGAGGACAGCUUUGGGGUCGAGCUGGAGUGCCUUGCCAAGGCUGGCAGUCAACCGACUAUCGUCUGGCAUCGCUCAGUCGACGGCGCGCACUUUGAGCCGGUUUCCUCGUCGGCAGACGUGGCUAUUUACGAGAGUUCACCCAACAGCUAUAGAAGACGAUCGAUCUUGGUCGCUCGCGAUCUCAGCUUUUCAUCCGAUGUCAUCUUCGUGUGCGAGGCAGUGGACACUGCUCGCAGGGGUAGUGUGUCCAAGAGGGUCACCAUUCCGAAACGUGAUUCAUACUGGACGCCGUGGUUGAGCGCUGAUAGCCCAGCGGAUGGUGACGAUAGAGAGACGUUAAUCCAACACCAACAGGGCUAUGAAAUGCUCUGCCAGUAUCCCGAAGACAUCCAGUGCCGUACAGUCUAUGAAGGCACACCAUCCAAUGAGACUGGGCAGCUACUGAGCAUCAACUGCACGUUAACAUCAGGUUUGGUGUGCCUCGGUGCUGAUCAGAGCGUAGACAACACACGCACGUGCUACGACUACGAAGUUCGAUACCAGUGUCCACAACCCAGCUUUCGUUUGACGCCUUGGUAUGAUGCUUCGGACCCUGACGGAUCCAUGGAGGAUGAAACCUUGGCUACUCACUUGAAGCAGGCGUACCCUGACCUAUGCAGCCAGCCCGUAGGCGCAGAAUGUCGCCUGAAGACGACCAAGCAAGACCUGCUGGCUAGUGGAUUCGUUCCCGAGGUUCCGUAUCUCUGUAAUGCCAAUGGAUUCCGCUGUCAGCACGCAGAUAACACCGGAUCGUGUCCUGAUUUCGAAGUGCGUUACAGGUGCCCGGAUUCUAUAGUCACGGACGUAACAGUCAAUCUCCGACCACUUCAUUCCCCGAACGACACUGUCGUUCGCCUGGAGUGCAGCGCCACCGGUGGUCAGCCCAUCUCAGCCGAUCUCAGACUGGAAUGGGCGUGGCUCGAUCUCGCCCACCCCUGGGCUGCUGCAGUGCUUACAGCGGGUGCAGCCGUUGAUGUCGUGGUGGACAGCUCACGCCCGGACCUCAAGUCAUCUCUCUUAACGAUCGUUGACUUUCUUUGCAGUGACUACUCAGACAAGACCAUUGUCUGCCUUGUGAGGGAUGGCAUCACCAUUGUUGUGAAAACGAUUCAGCCCCUUGCAAAGCCUCCAGUUCCUGUUCUGUUGGAGUUCUGGGAGCUGAGCGGGGAACCAAACCUCGACCAUCAAGAUCCCACCUCCUGCUCCUCUGUCUCCAAUCAUAGUUUCCCUUCGACCGAGAGCGAUCGAAAGUCGCAAGCGGUGGGUCGCGUGACCUACAUCGACGCGCCGGCCGUCGUAGGUCACGCCUGUGCCGUCUUGAGCGGCACCGACAGCGCGUUGGAUCUUGGAGCCUUCGACGGAGAGUGCAUAUCGUCCCUGGAGCUUUGCUCAUGCGGGUUGACCUUCGCCCUCUGGGUUAUGGCGUUUGACCCGGGCCCGCUGACUUUCGAUUGGUUCUUUUUGAGUUCCGGAGGUUGGAGCUCGUCUUCCCACGGUAUUGCGUUUUACCAGUCGGCAACGGACCAUUCCUACAGGUUGAAAGUCUGUACAUCCACAAAAUGUUUCGGUGAGGCGAUUGUUGCCAACAACCAGGUGCCGAAGGGGUCUUGGUUUCACCUGGCUCUGGUUUUUGACCACAAACUUGGACUUCAGCUUUUCUACAAAGGAAUGUGA